AAAUACCGUUAAACAAACGAAAGCAAACCGGAAAGCUCUAGAAAUAUCUGAAAUUACGAUCCCGAUUGCCCCCAAUUCGUACAACCCAAACCCUAUCUUUACCUUCACUCCGAUAUCAGCCAUGGCGAACCAACCGUCUUCUUCCACAGCUCCUCCGUCGACUUCUUCCCAAUUCACAUACGCCAACGCCUCGUCGUCGUCGUCCUACUUCCCCAUGCCAUUCCACCUCCAGCAACCCCAGUACCCCGCGCCUUACGCCGUCGCAGCGCCACCCGCCCCAUCCGUCUACCCGGCCCCGGCUCCGGUCGCUGGUGUCUACUCUCUCCCUCAGCAGUAUCAGCAGGCUCAGCAGUUGUUUCAAAGGGAUGCACAGACGAUUACACCUGAGGCUCUCGAGAGUGUGAAAGCUGCUCUUGCAAACAGCGAAAUUGAGCACAAAGCGGAAGCUAAGAAGAAAGCUAUCCCUCGUAAAGCUGCCGGGCAGGCCUGGGAGGACCCAACUCUUGCAGAAUGGCCAGAAAAUGAUUAUCGACUUUUUUGUGGUGAUCUUGGUAAUGAGGUGAAUGAUGAUGUUCUUUCUAAAGCAUUUUCACGAUUUCCUUCCUUUAACAUGGCAAGAGUUGUCAGAGAUAAGAGGACUGGAAAAACCAAGGGCUUUGGAUUUGUUAGCUUUGCCAACCCUUCUGACCUGGCCGGAGCACUAAAGGAAAUGAAUGGUAAGUACGUGGGCAAUCGGCCAAUCAAACUACGGAAAAGUAACUGGAGGGAGAGGAUAGAUUAUGAUGCACUAGAAAGACAAAAGAACCACACUCACAAGAAACCAAAGCCUUCGAAGAAGAGUAUAUUGCACAAGUGAGCCAGAGACUUGUAGACAACGUGGUGAAUAUGAUAAUUGGCGCAGCGAAGUAAUUGAUCAUUUUAUUCCUCAAAUCAAACUCGGCUCCUGGUGUUAAUCAAAUCGAUGUAGGGAUGUGGUGAAGCUUAAUGAUGGUAAUUGAACGAAUGAUACUAUGCAACGGGCAUUUAUUUUGUGUGUAAUACAGGGAUUAGUGGUGGAUCCUUUUAAAUGCACCUUUAAACUUCUUUUGAUGUACUAAUUAAACAAGUUAUAUCAAGUAUAUUGAAAGUUAGUUGUUAAAUGUGCAAGGUUUUACUACUGUUUUUGUGUUA